CGGCUAAACUCGACGUUUAGUAACGGUGAUGAAGUGUGGCAGUAGGGAGAGGAUAACCUACAAAAAUUCAGUGUUUUAUAUAUAUAAAAGAAAUGUUUUACUGGGACUCAUGGUAUUCAAUAAAUGUUUAGUUCGUUGUUAUCAUCGUAAGAGAAAUAAUCGCGCCAACCUCGUUAAAUUAUUGUCAUGGGCACCGUUACGUGUAUUGCACCUAUUAACAUUGCAGUCAUUAAAUAUUGGGGUAAACGGAACGAAGUUUUAAUCUUACCUACUAAUGAUUCUAUAAGUUUAACUCUGGAUACAGAACAGCUAUGUACAAAAACAACUGUUAUGCUCAGCAAAGAUUUCAAAAAAGAUCGCAUAUGGUUAAAUGGAGUUGAAGAAGAUAUUAAUAAUCCCAGAUUGCAAAACUGUUUGUACGAAAUUAGGAAAAGAGCGAAGCUUGUGAAAGAAAUGAUGAAUUGGAGGCUUCAUAUUUGUUCAGAAAAUAAUUUUCCAACUGCAUCCGGGUUGGCUUCCAGUGCUGCAGGAUACGCGUGUCUCACUUUAGCUCUUGCUAAACUGUACAGAGUAAAGGGUGAUGUUAGUAUCAUCGCACGAAUGGGAUCUGGUUCAGCAUGCCGAAGUACUCUAGGUGGUUUUGUGAGAUGGCGUAUGGGAAAAUUUGAAUAUGGCACUGACAGCAUAGCAGAACAAAUAGCACCUGCAUCCAGUUGGCCUGAAAUGAGAUGCUUAAUAUUAGUUGUGGACGACGACAAGAAAAUGGUCUCUAGUGCUGUUGGGAUGAAGAGAACCUGGGAUACCUCUGAACUUUCACAUUUCCGUGCUAAAUAUAUUACACCUCAGCGAGCAGACCUAUUACAAUCUGCUAUUCUGUCGAAAAACUUUAAUCUUUUCGCUGAAAUUACAAUGAAAGAAUCCAAUCAAAUGCAUGCAGUGUGUUUAGAUAGUUAUCCUCCACUUGUAUACAUGAAUAAUAUUUCUUUUGCAAUUAUAAAUCUUAUUCAUUCGUAUCAUAACGUAAUUGGAAACAUAAAGGUAGCAUAUACAUUCGACGCAGGACCGAAUGCUACUUUGUAUUUAUUAGAGCAGAAUGUUCCAGAAGUGAUAGCAGUUUUAGAUCAUUAUUUUCCGCCAGCUAGUAAUAAUUUGGACAAUUAUAAAAGAGGCAUGCCUAUUGAAACGGUACAAUUAUCACAGGAUUUAAUAGACAAAAUUGAUAAUAAAGUUUACGAACCAGGUAAAAUAAAAUAUAUGAUAUACACGCGUAUAGGGGACGGGCCUAAAUAUCUUGAAUGUCCAAAAGAUCAUCUUUUAAAUGAUGAAGGUUUGCCUAUAAGAAACGCAACUAACGUUCUUUUUUAGUAACAAUCUAAUAUUUAUUAUUUAUUAUUAAGCAAAUAAAUAUCAGUAUUCGUUCUUUCGCACGAACAUUUCAUACGCACUUUAUUGAUACAAGGGACUUUAUUGAUACAAGGGACUUUAUAGAAUAUACAAUUUUUACAGAAAACAUUGUUAUAAUAAAUUUAGUACUACCU